AGAAGCUGUUAGCCUUGUUCGUACACGUGCUUGCGAUCAUCGCCACGAGGCUGGGUCAAGCGAAGCUUGCUCGGGCAUGCAGCCCAUCUGGUUGUUUUUUUUUUGGACAAGGAAAGAUUCGAGCCCGGGCAGGCGGCGUGGCUUCCCCCACCACGCAAGCGUGACUCACUCAAGCCCAAGACACCCCAAGCACAGCAACAGUCUGUGUGAUAGCCCAGCCCAGCGAGGGAGGCAUAGCCCAACCCAGCAAGGGGGGGGCAUAGCCAAGCCCGUAAGAUCCACAACAGAACACAGCCAAAACACAGCCAAAACACAAAGAGGCAGACAGCAGCUGUGUGUUUUGCUCAUCUGUGUCGACGGCGGAGCGGCGGUGCUGCGGUGAAGCUUCGGCAAGUUCCUCCAGUGGAGACUAGAGUUUCUGACGGCGAGCAAGAUGGUGCCGGGUUUCGUAUUUGCCUUCCCGGUCAUCUUCAUCGUCAUCGCCAUCAUCGUGGCGUUCAUCCUGUGCUGCGUGUGCCCCUGCUGCCCCAUCUACAAGCGUCUUCAGCCAUCCACGCAGGACUACGCGGCAGUGCAACAAGGCGCGACGGCGCCGGCAACAGACGUGCCCGCGGACCCACCGCCAACGGCAGCCGCCCGGUCGGCACAACCGGGGCAGCCGUUGCCUUCAAGCCCACCGGGAGGCGCCUUCAGUCCGCCAGCUCAGCCUCAACCGUACCCGUCGGGGCCACCACAAGCGGCGUACCCCUCCUCCCCGCAAGCCCCGUACCCCUCACCGCAGGCCCCGUACCCCAUGCCGAGCUAUCCGGCCGGUCCCAACCCCCCGUACCCGCUCGCCAUGCCGCAGCCGUGCCUGCCUGGCGCGCACUUGCAGGAGGGUGCCUACCCCGCUCCGCCUGGGUUCCACGUGGGGCCCAUGCCACCAUGUGGCCCAUUGUUCGCUCCUGAGGGCCCUCCGUACCCGACUGGGCCCUCUGGAUACAAUGCAGGCCCGCAGCCCCCGUAUCCUGUGAUGUAGCUCACCAGGGCUGAUUUACGUGAACAACCAAGCAAGAACUCCCUGGGCUUUGCGGGGAAUUCAAAAUUACGACCUUGAAUCACACGGUGGCCUGUGCCACAUUUUAUGUAGCGUUACCCCAAGCAAUGUUUAUUGUGAAAAUGUUUAUACGCUGUCCAAGUGUAAGAAUUGUGCGUCGGAAAAAAAAUGAUUGCGCAGCGGAUAGAGUUUUGCAAGUGUCGCUUCAUCUUGUAAGCUAGCUGCGGUUAUUUUUUUUAAAACGCCGCACAGCUCAACCGUUUUAUAAGCACCUUUAUUAAACUUACGUGAAGUACUGUGCUCGAUUACUGUUCGAAACAAGUAAAGCUGGCUGAAUUGCAUUGCCAUCCAUUGUCCACCUACUGGUAAGAUUGGUACACUGCUGUGAAUUGAUUGGCGGAUUACUCACAGUGGGGUAAAACCUUGAUUGGUCUUCCUCCUCUUUUAAGUUCUUAACGAGGGUGGGAUAUUGGCCUGAACGUGAACGCUUGCAGAGCGUGUGUCUUCUCCGCUGUUUGCAACAACAACAAAAAUCACCCAAAAAUGUCAAGUUAUUAAUGGAUUUCAUUCAUAUUCUGGCAACAAAAUGCAGAGAUAGCACUGUUUUAAUGUCAAAGGCUUCUGCCCGAGGGUACACCAUUGGCAGCUUUUGAUGGUUUUGUAUUUGAUUUUGCUCCACAGUAUUUAGCUUUUGAUUGGAUUUUAUUCUGUCAAAGCUCGAUUAAGCAAUUGCUGCUUAUGAAGCUGAUCUUCCAACCUGACUUUACCAUCUAUUUUUCCACUAUCUCAAGGGAGUUUUAUGGGAAACAAAGCCAAUUUAUGUGCUGAAAAGCAGUACAAAUUUUUGUUUUAAAACACGAGUAAGAGUAACACGUCCCUUUUUUUGAAAUAUUGGUGUUAGCCAUGGUUGUAAAUUAACAUGUUUUUCUUAAUGAGGCCUAAUGCCGCGUGUCAAUGUAAAGGGUUCUUGAAAAUUCUCACCAGAGCUAUUGUUUUGAUUUGAUGGCUUUACUCAUUUUUUAGUAAUGUAUUAUUUAUUGUCGCAUUAUGUUUGUGUUGUGCGCAUGUUUAUUUAUACAUUUUUUUGCCGUUUUGUUUCUGUUUUUUUAGCAUAGUAUUUGAUUUUGCUUUGCAUAAAAAAGUAUAUAUAAGCCAGCUGCUGAUGCUCAAAAUAAAAUAAUGCAAAAAGAAAAAAUGAUUUCUUCUUGAAAUAUGGAUUUCACGGCUUUGCUCACAAAGCGGAGGAGCUUAUUGCACGAAGCAUAUUUUACAAAGAGCCUUGGCAGCUCUUGACAUGCUUGUGUAACCAAGAACAGCAAUGCAGUGAAACUGUGCUCCACUAUGGUGGAAAAAAGUCAAUGAUUGUUACAUUUAUGGUUCCAAAUGCAUGCUUUGGAAAGGUAAAACAAAAUUGCAUCAUUGUACUGAUAACAGGUUUAUUAUAAUCGGCCACAGGCUAACAGGUUAAGAUUUAACAAUGCAAAUAAUUUCAUCUCUUGUACGUGAAAGCUGAAAUAUAUAUUCAGUGCUGUGUGAUGUCUGCUCUUGUUGACCCUUAAAUUAUAAACUGCGUCAAUCUGUUCAUAGUGCCAUAUGUUUUGGGAGGUAUAAUUACUGUGUUCUUAUUAUAUUUACACACGUAAAAAAAACAUGAUGGUGCUAUGCACGCUUGUAUUAAAUUAUUACUUGAACGCCGUAUGGGCUAU